GCACUCUCAGAAGCUCCGCUGGUUUGUGUCUCAAUGGACGAAUCAAGGGCAUGCAGCGUCAUUUUGGAGAUGGAGGACAGCUGGGAGGCGCUGCUCGGAUAUCCCGCGCUCCUCUACUGGGCUGCCUUGCAGACCUUGACCGAGUCUGAGGUGAAUGGCGCCUUCCAGGGAGGUGUCUCACUGGAAGUGCAAGAGCUGGCGCUGCAGCUCUGGGCCCCUCUGCGCGAGACAGAGCUGUCGGAGGGCGUGACGACGGUGCUGAAGUCUUUGUGGCGGGAGCCUGUGAGAGGCUUGGCAUUGAAGGUGGAGCGUUUGCUGAAGAUCUGGGUCUUCAACUCCUUACGUUGCGGAGAGUGGGUGAUUCUUCCGCUGCUGACGGCCAUGUGCUCUCAUGAUUGUUCUCCCAAUGCCUUUUGGAACUUCGACCUGGAACAGAAGAUCAUUGAGCUCCGUGCAGGAGAGCACAUCCAGCAGGGGAUGGAGCUCAAGAUCUCCUAUCUGAGCUCGGGCGUGCUGUGGCUUCCGGUCCUGGAGCGACGGCACCGCUUGGAGAUCACGAAAGAAUUCGUUUGCACUUGCGAACGCUGCAGCAACCAAUGGGAUGAUGCGCGCGUCUUCGUGUGUCCACGCUGUCAAGGAGAUGCCUUUGCCACGCCCAAGGCCACCUGCGUGGGCGCAGAGGGCGUGGAGGGCACGGAGGGCGCGGAGGGCGCGGAGCGUGGCUGGUGGAAGCUGAAGGGAGCAGUGGUGGAGCUGUGCUCGGAGGAGGAGGAGCCGGCGGCCUGUGUGGCUUGCGCCUCGUGUGGGCCGCUGAGUUGCGUCGAGGCGGCCUCGUUCCUGGUCCCCGAGAAGGACUUGGCCGAGCUGCUGCUGAGGACUCCUCAGUUGGCCACGGCCCUGGCGGGGGACAGCAUUCUGGAGGAGGUUUGUCUUAGCCAAGAAGCUCUCCUGUUGCUAUGGCAGGCGGAGAAAUGUGGGCUUGCUUCGCGACAUUGGGUGGUGGAUGCUCUCAGGGCUUUUGCCGCAGAGGAAGAGCCUGCUCAAUGUCUUCUCUUCACCCUGGCGCGCCUGAAAGCGAUCUCACGCGCACCUGGCGCACCUGCCAACUCUGCGGCGCGGCUGAAAGCAGCGCGACUUCAGGUCUUGUUAUGGAAGGCCAGGGAGAAGCAGAAAAGAGCCAGACCCAUUCAGGCGGAAGACGAGGACUUCCCAGCAGAGGCCACUGAGUGGAAGACUUUCCGCUGGGAGGUGGGUGGGUGA